GUAAUCAUUAAAGUCAUGUGAAAACAUCAAACAAAUCUAACAACAAGUUCUGAAUCUGCCAACACAUAGACAGAAGUAAAUUAAACAAUAAUUAAGAACCAAAAAGGAAAUUUCAUAAUCAAACUAUAGAUUAUUAACAAUAUAACAUUAUCACUACAAAAACCAAUUCAUCAUAAAACAAGUCUAUUAUUCUAGUUUAUAGUUUUAUACCCUUUUCUCUUUUACAACUCUCUUUCAUUCCUUAUUUCUAGGAUUCCUAAGUCCACCACCCCACCACCAUCCUCUUCUUAUCAUUACUUCUUUCUCUCUCCUCUUAAAUUUUCCAGUAAAAAAACACAUCACUUUUUUUUUUCCUUUUGAUUUCCCCAAAAUUUCCUUUUCCUCGAUUUUAUACUCAAAUCCUUACAAUUUAUUUUUUGUUACUUACAGUUUUUUUUAUAGCAAAUUUCUACAUUGUUACACAUGUAUGAAUAAUCAGUAAUACUAUACAUUACUGCAAAUCUCCAUUGUUGUAGUAUGCAAUUUUUUUAGAAGAUGAUGAUGCCGGAGAAGUUGGUUAACUCGGUAACUCAGUGGCCGAUUCUCAGGCUAACUCGCCGAGUUGGGGUUCUUGUUUCUGUAGCAUUGUUAGCAUUGUUGCUAGUUUGGAGCAUUGAUCAAUCUGUUGUGUUUGAUUUUCUGAGGUAUCCAAGAGAAACUCUUUCUCAAAAACUACUUGAUAAUAGUACAAAAUCUGCAAAUUCUAAAAAUUCUCAAAAUUCUACAUUAUAUGAUGAAUUUAAUGCUACCCAUGUCAGUUUUUUCAAUGAUAGUGAUGUUUUAUUGCCUAGAAUAGAAAACCCAGAUGAGAUUUUGGUUAAUUCAAGUCAAAGUUUUGUCAAUGUUUCAUCUGGAUUAGACUAUAGAAAUGGUGGUGAUAAUGAUGUUGAUGGUGUUGGUGUGCCUGAGGGGCAAUUAGAGGGGGAUUUGGAUCGAUUUUCGGGUGAAUUUGACCCGAAAGGCGAAACAAGGAACCUGAGUCAUGGUUUGGAUUGGGUGUCAGUUGAGUUUGAGCAGAAUUAUAGCUCAAAUCUGUUGUCUAGGUGGUUGGCACCAGGGGGUGAGGCUUGUAAGGAUUCGAAAACGGUUGAUAUUAGGUUUGUUGGGUUUGAUGAUGGGAAGGAAAUUGUGUUGUCAACUGGGAAUGCUCAUGAGGUUGUUUUUCAGGCAUUGGAUGAGUUGGGAAAUCUUCAUUGUGUUGGAGAUGAUUAUUUUGAGAUUGAUUUGUCGGGUGAAUCAUGGAAAUCGCGGGCACCCAUCAAGGAUUGGGGCAAUGGGACUUACUCAUUUACUCUUCAAGUUCAUCCUGAUUUUCCUGGAACUUAUAACCUCACCAUUAUCCUACUAUUCCGGCACUUUGAAGGACUAAAGUUCUCAACUGCUCGAUUUGGAUAUGAUCAGCAGCUUCGAAAUAUUCCUGUUACGUUUACUGAAUCUGAAGCUAUCUUGCCUGAAUUGCAUUUGUGUAGAAAAUCCGAUUUCAAUAGAGAUGUUUGGACGGGGAGAUGGACAAGACAUGGUAAAAAUGAUGCUUGUGAAAUAAGCAAUGAUGGGCGAUAUAGGUGUUUGGAAUCUGACUAUCCUUGCACUAACCCCUGGUGCAAUGGCUCGUUGGGGAUGCUAGAGAGUAAUGGUUGGGUUUAUUCUGCACAUUGUUCCUUUAGAUUACUCUCUGCUGAUGAUGCCUGGCAUUGCUUAGACAAUCGAUGGCUUUUCUUUUGGGGCGAUUCAAAUCAUGUGGAUACAAUUCGCAACAUUUUGUUCUUCUAUCUUCAUGUUCCAUAUCAGGAACUAGAUAUAGUAUCUAGGCGUUUUGACAAUACUUUUACAAACCCGAAAAAUAAGUCACAGUCUGUUAGAAUUACAAACAUCUUCAAUGGUCAUUGGAACAUGACCAAGAACUAUGAAGGCCUGAAUUCACUAGCAAAUGAAGGAUAUCGGAAUUUGGUGAAGAGCUUCUUCAAUGGAUCUGCUGUACCUGACACUAUCAUUUUGAAUUCAGGUUUACAUGACGGAAUUCAUUGGCAUAAUGUUAGGAGAUUUAUUCAGGGGGCAGAAGACGCAGCUUCAUUCUGGAAAGAGAUUAUGGAAGGAGUGAAGCAGAAGGGUUUAGCAGUAUCGAAUUUUAUCUUCAGGUCUACAAUCACUACAGGAGGAUAUGCUAGAACACUUUCAUUCAAUCCCAGUAAAAUGGAGGUGUUUAAUGGCAUCCUCCUGGACAAACUGAAGGCAGCCGGUUUGAUUACUGGGGUUGUAGAUGAUUUCGACAUGACUUGGGCAUGGCAUUUCGACAAUAGGUGCAAUGAUGGUGUACAUUAUGGAAGAUUUCCAGCAAAAAUGAAAUGGAGAGACGGACAAAUCGGGCACCAAUAUUUUGUUGAUUUGAUGCUCGGCCAAGUUCUGCUGAAUGCUAUCUGUGCAAGAUGACAGUUUUUGUACCAUAAAAUUCAUUUUCGGUUCAAAAUUCUACCCUGGUGGGCGGAAGGAUCCAGUAGAUAAGAGUAUAUUGAGCUAGAAGAAAUUCAAUUCAUUACAAGGUCAAUAGAGCAUCUGUAUAAUGUGUCAAUUUUUUCGUUACCCAAUUGUUUGGUUGAGCUAAAUAUAGGCUAUAUAUGUCAAUAUUCACAGGGUACUCCCUCUGUCAAAGACUAAUAGUCACGUUGAUAGUGCCAUUGAACUACUAACGUGACAAUCAAGUCUGGACGUAGGUUGUACAUUACACGUAUCAAAAUCAUUUGUAUUACUCCGUAUUUGGAGAGACAACCAUGUUUAUGUCAA